CUCUUACUCGGACCACAGGAUCACAUCCAGUAGAGCCCCUUCUUCUUUGAAGCAAAGGGACGGGCGCCGGUAUGACUGUCACCUACACAGCCCGAGUGGCGAACGCCCGCUUCGGUGGCUUCUCGCAACUGCUGCUGCUGUGGCGUGGGAGCAUCUACAAACUCCUGUGGCGUGAACUGCUGUGUUUCCUCGGACUCUACAUGGCGUUGAGCGCCGCCUACCGCUUUGUGCUGGCUGAAGAGCAGAAGCGCUACUUUGAGAAGCUUGUCAUUUACUGCGACCAGUAUGCCAGCCUCAUUCCAGUCUCCUUCGUGCUCGGUUUCUACGUGACGCUAGUGGUGCACCGCUGGUGGAACCAGUACCUUUGCAUGCCGCUACCUGACGCGCUCAUGUGCGUGGUGGCGGGCACAGUGCACGGGCGCGACGACCGAGGCCGCCUCUACCGUCGCACACUUAUGCGCUACGCAGGUCUCUCCGCGGUGCUUAUCCUGCGCUCGGUCAGCACCGCUGUCUUCAAGCGCUUCCCCACCAUAGACCACGUGGUGGAAGCGGGAUUUAUGACCCGCGAAGAGCGCAAGAAGUUUGAGAACCUGAACUCGUCCUACAACAAGUACUGGGUGCCCUGCGUGUGGUUCUCCAACUUGGCGGCACAGGCCCGGCGAGAGGGCCGCAUCCGCGACAACAGCGCCCUUAAGCUGCUGCUCGAGGAGCUGAAUGUCUUUCGGGGCAAGUGUGGGAUGCUCUUUCACUACGACUGGAUUAGCAUACCUCUGGUCUACACCCAGGUGGUGACCAUUGCAGUCUACAGCUACUUCCUGGCUUGCCUCAUUGGCCGCCAGUUCCUGGACCCUGUGCAGGGCUACAAAGACCACAGCCUGGACCUGUGCUUUCCCAUCUUCACCUUACUGCAGUUCUUCUUCUAUGUGGGCUGGCUCAAGGUAGCGGAGCAGCUCAUUAACCCCUUUGGAGAAGAUGACGAUGACUUUGAGACCAACUUUCUGAUUGACCGCAACUUCCAGGUAUCAAUGCUGGCUGUAGAUGAAAUGUAUGAUGACCUGGCUGUGCUGGAGAAGGACCUGUACUGGGAUGCCACAGAGGCUCGCGCCCCCUACACGGCGGCCACCGCCUUCCUGCUGCAGCAGCCCUCCUUCCAGGGCUCCACCUUUGACAUCACGUUGGCCAAGGAGGACAUGCAGUUCCAGAGGCUGGACGGCGCUGACGGCCCGCUGGGGGAGGCACAGGGAGACUUCCUGCAGCGCCUCCUGCCGGCGGGCGCCGGAGGAGGCUUGCUGGGCCGGCGCCUGUCCCUGCUGCGCCGCAAGAACAGCUGCGUGUCCGAAGCGUCCACUGUCGCCAGCUGUGCAUGCACUGGCGUCCCCGAUGGCUCAGCCACGGAGUGCAGCUGCGGGGAUCCGCUGCUCGACACCGGCUUGCGGGAACCAGAGCCCGAACCCCCCGUGUGUCCUGAGCCACUUGCCCCCAUUCCUGGUCCUGCUGCAGAGCCUUUCACCACCGUGCCCAUCCCUGGACCCCGGGGACCGGCCCCGCCCUGGCUGCCCAGCCCUAUCGGUGAAGAGGAAGAGAAUCUGGCCUGAGACCCCGGGGCUAGGACCCCUAAAGACAGGGAACAAGCAUGAAGCAGCAGUCCAGGUCUGCACAAGCCUCGGGAGCCUAUAGAAAGUAGGCCAGCCCACUUUUCACUAGGUGGCCAGGUGCUCCACACGGGGGUCUGGCACUGUGCUAGUGGCCAGGGAUUUUCCCAGCUUUGGAACAGAAAUGCUCCCCACCCCAGCUCUACUUCCCAACCCUACUGCCCCAGUGGCCUCCAUCCGCGUCCUGCCUGUGUUCUUUCCUUUCCAUGAAACCGUGAGUGCCUACUUCAUGGAGUUGUCCUGAAAAUGAAAUGAUGCUUUUAAAGCA